AUGCAGGAUUGGGACGAGUAUAUUGAAUUGAAGACGAUGAAAGGUCCAUCUGGCCAUGACUUCCUCGAGGAAGAGUUGAACAUUCCCACAUGGUGUGAUCAAUGUGGAGAAAUUUUAAACAUAUUUGAGGGCAGUCUGAAGGUCAACUCCAAACUCCAUAGAGGAUUGAAAGAAUGCAAUGGGUAUGCUGUCCAACUUUCAGAUGAAGUGAAAGAACUGAAGUGUACGAUCUAG